GUUCCCCCAGGUUCUGUCAGGCGAGGCUGACAGGGUGUUGGGGUCCCUGAGGUGUAGGGGGUGGAUGAUGAGCCCGGGGAGGUCGGAUGGAGGAACUGAAGGCUUCCCAGCCCCGGUGCUGUUCAAACUGAGUAGGGUCCCCACUAAAGGGCCAAUCUGAACCCUGACAUCCCUGCCCCUGCUGGUCCCCACAGUUCGCUCCACCCUGCCUGCUGGGGGUGCCUAACCUCCCUUCCUUUGCCUUUCCAGCUCCCCAAGACCAUAGCAACUGCAGAAGCUGAAGACAUUUCCAGAAGUUCAAGCUUCCACCCUCUGCAGGUCCCCACUGAGCUGGGACCCAGGUCAUCCACUCCACCCCAAAUCCCUGGAUAGGAAACCCCUUUCUCCUCCUGCUCCUCGUCCCCUUCAUCCCUGCCCCCCAGCAUCCUACUGGCCCCAGCACCUGAGGCCAGACUGUCUGAGAUCCUCUGAAGGCCAGACUUGCUGUCCACCCCGGUAGAAGGCAGGCAGCCUGGCCAUGUGCCCUCCGGUCAGCGUGCGGUAUGAGGAAGAGGGCCUGUCCUACCUCUACGCCUCCUGGAUGUAUCAGCUUCAACAUGGAGAUCAGCUAAGCAUUUGCUUCACUUGCUUCAAGGCUGCCUUUCUAGACCUUAAAGACUUGCUGGAGUCAGAGGACUGGGAAGAAGACAACUGGGACCCUGAGCUGAUGGAGCACACUGAGGCAGAGUCGGAGCAGGAGGGGUCCUCAGGGAUGGAGCUGAGCUGGGGGCAGAGCCUAGGACAGCCUGCGCAGGAGGGCUCUGAGGCAUGGGGGCUAGGGACCCUGGCACCAGCCCCAGAAGGGUUGGAAGAUGCAGGUCUGGACCCCCACUUUGUGCCCACUGAACUAGGGCCUCAGGAGGCUGUACCCCUGGGCCUGGGCCUUGAGGAUGCUGACUGGACCCAGGGUCUGCCCUGGAGAUUUGAGGGGCUUCUUACCUGCUCACAUUGGCCAAGCUCCUUUCCUUCAUAGCAGGGGUUUCUCAAAGUGGACCUGCCCCCAGGGGAGCCCAUGGUGUUGGGGCUGGGCAUUACCUGGGCAGUGGACCCUGCCGAGGAUGAGGCCUGGUUACUGGCCCUGUAGCUUGUCUCCAUGGUGGGCUGCUAUGAUGCCACCUACCUGCAGAAGAUGACCCCAGACAGGGCCCUGAGGACCCCAGGGCAGCACUGGAAAUUGCUGCUGGAGCCUGGUGAAGUGUGGGUGGUGAGACUCCAAGAUGUUCCCCAAGAGCAGGACCUGCACUGGUGGACACUGAGCUUUCUAGAAACAUCCUCAACAGGACACAGAGCAGAGCUGGCCCCUGCAGCCUCAGCCCUGCAGAAGAGGAUUCACCAUAGUCUCUUACUCACCCUGGACCAACAGGGAGAGAAAGAAGGGGGACUCGGCCUGUAAGCCACAGUCCUCCAGUCAAGAACAGGAUCCCAGCACCCCUGAGACACACAGCAGGGGUCCUGAAGAAAGCCUGGCUGUUACAGGAGCCUCAGCCAUGGGGGAGCUGCCCUGUUUCCAGCCUCAGUCCAGCGCUCCAGAACUGAGAGACUAAGACUCAUGUAGCUGCCAUUGUCCUGGGUAUACCAGGACAUCAGAGACUGGGAAGGGCCAGCAAUUGCUCUUCCAUUACAGCCAGGGGAGCAGUUGGCAAAGGAUAGGCCCUUUGCCCGUGGAAACAAGGGGAGCAACUUUAGGGGCUGGGACAUAGGGCCUGCUGUGGCCUCAGAGGGAAGCAUUACAAAUAUUUGUAACCUGGAAACAAGUUCUUAUUAGUUGAUUGUCAUAUAGUUCUGGACGUGUUGGCCUGAAUGGCUAUUGUGCUGCUUGUGACAUGGGGCGCAGGGCACAGAAUUUGUGCCUAUUUCACCUUGGUCAUGGGGAGGGACAUUGCUUGUAAAACACACGCUCUGCAGAACACACCAGAAUCUGUUGUGACCUGGACAUGUUCUCGACUUUGCCAGGACAAUCUCAGGGGUGCCACAAGACCCCAUCGGCAGCACUAGGGUCUCUGGUCUACGGUGGAGGGAGAGCUGGUUUCAAACAUUGGCCGUUGAUGCAAUUUAACCAUUUAAUUCCUGUUGCUCUAUAUGUUGUUUUUAAUUUUAAAAAGUCAUAAAAGCUUUCAAUCAAG